ACGAUAUCCAGCCAUACUGGAGAUAAUGCGAAUGCGCCAAUUUGUCUCAAGAUGGUUGCCGACAAUAAUGCCAACGAGCGCUCGGCUUCUUCGGCUGCACCUGUCGCGGAUAAGUCCCCUACGACAUCAGCUCCUUCCACAGACAGCAAAACUCUUCUCGACUCAGGUGUGCCGAAGGCAGAUGGCCCGCCAAGUAAUAGGCGCCACUUCGACUCGAGCAAUCGUGGCCGAGGCCGAGGGCGCGGCGGCCAGCGCGGCAGAGGAGGCGGAGGUCGAGGUGGCCGUGGUGGUCGCGACGACGGCGGCAAGCGCAAGCAAGUCAGCCGGCAGGAAUACAGCCGCGAACAUGUAGAUAAACGCACACGCAACACCGACACACAAGACCGCAAGCGACGUAAGGUGGGCGAGGACGGCACCGUCGUGUCCGGCAAUGGCGAUCCGAGCUACAUGAGCAUCCCCUUCGCGAAGGAGGAGAUUGAGGCUGAGGAACGUCGACCCAAGCGCAAGGUCGCGGUCAUGGUAGGAUAUGCGGGCACGGGAUACCAUGGCAUGCAGAUCAACCACAAGGACAAGACCAUUGAGGGUGACAUCUUUGCUGCUUUUGUGGCGGCCAAUGCAAUCUCCAAGGCGAACGCCGAUGACCCUCGAAAGUCGAGCUUGGUGAGAUGUGCUAGAACGGACAAGGGUGUGCAUGCGGCGGGUAAUGUGAUCUCGCUGAAGCUGAUCAUCGAGGAUCCGGACAUUGUCAAGAAGAUCAACGACGCCUUGCCGCCGCAAAUUCGGGUAUGGGGCAUCCAGAGAACGAACAACGCAUUCAGCUGCUAUCAGACCUGCGACUCGAGAUGGUAUGAGUACCUCAUGCCGAGCUACUGUCUGCUGCCUCCGCACCCGGAGACUUAUCUCGGAAAAAAGGUGCUGGAGUCCAUCAAGGAGCAAGGACAAGAGGAGGCAUACGCCAGGCGCAUGGCCGACGUCAAGGACUUCUGGGAGGAUGUCGAGAAGAAUGAGAUUCAACCCAUCAUCGACGCCUUGGACCCUGAAACCCGCGAGCAGGUGUUGCGGCGAUUACAUGCAGCCGAGAAUGAUUCGACGGAGAAGCCCAAGUCUGCCGCAGGUGAUAAGGUCUCGAAGGCACAAGAUAAGGAAGCUCCCGCCGAGAGGAUAGAGGAAGUCACCACAGUAUCCGUCACCAAGGCAGAAGCAUCCAACCCAGAAAUCAAAGCCGGAAAUGACGUUGAGUUGCAGGACUUUUCAGAAGAACAACCGGCUGGCGGAGCAGAGCCUACACUGGUCGAGGAUCUUGACGCUUCCACGGCGACUUUAGUGAACCCCGAAACAACCGAGCUGCCUCAAUCCAAGGUCGUGUCAUCCGUCGAUCUUGCUCUCAAAGCCAUAAAAGCUACCUACGUCUCCGCCAAACGUCGAUAUCGUGUGACGCCAGAGCGCCUGAAUCAGCUCCAAGAGACUCUCAGCGAAUACGUUGGUACCCACAACUACCACAACUACACGAUUCAGAAAGGACCUUCAGAUCCUUCGGCUAAACGCCACAUCAAGUCCUUCGUGGUGAACCCGAACCCUAUUCAGAUCAACGACACGCAAUGGCUAUCACUCAAGGUCCAUGGCCAAUCCUUCAUGAUGCACCAAAUCAGGAAGAUGGUCGGCAUGGCCGUACUGGUGACGCGAUGCGCGACGCCUCUUUCAAGAAUUAGCGAAUCCUAUGACAAAAGCCGCAUCAGUAUCCCCAAGGCGCCAGGCUUGGGACUGCUAUUGGAACGACCCGUGUUUGAGAACUACAAUGCCAGAGCCAAAGGCAAUUACGAGAGACCUGAGAUUGACUUCGCCAACUACGAGAAGGAGAUCCAGGAGUUCAAGGAUACGCAGAUCUACAAUCGGAUUUUCGAACUCGAGGAGAAGGAGAACUCUUUCCACACUUUCUUCCACCAAAUCGAUAGCUUCAAGUCGGAUUACUUCCUCUGGGUGACGGCUGGCGGGAUAACCGCUGCCCAUCAGAGGGUCGGCCAGGUUGAAGAUGUACCGGAGGAGAUGAAGGAGGAGCUUGGUGACGAGGGUGAAGACCCCGAGGGUGGAGAGGGCUGAGUUGAGCUUGACCUAUGACAUGUUACGCGUCUAUAUUUGCCACCCCAUCAUGACACGAUAAGGAGAUUGUCGACUUCUGGAUGCCACAACAACAUUCAUGAAGAGGAUAGAUAUGGCCUUCGGAGCCCAUAUGCUCCGCUUUUGCCCAUCUUUAGACGCUGCACCAUCAUCACUUUGGCACGCAAGUGUGUCAUCAGUAGAGCUAGAGAUUCAUUGCCUUUAGCCUGAUAUAUCAUCUAAUUUUGCGUCUUUCGUCCUUGCCAUUGUGCGUCCGUCCGUGUGCUGCUUGCUGCCAUACGCUGAAAAGCAGAGAUAAAGCAUGCGGACCCCAAAACUUCGCCCUGAGAAAGGAUAUC